UAAUGUGAAUAAUUCGUGAUGCCUAAGUGAAUACGUUGAAAAACUUUUCAACUGAAAAGAAAGUUCUAGUGCCAUUGUAUCGUUAAUCAUACAAGUUGACUAACCGAUAAAUAGUUGGACAAUCUAGCAAAAAGACCUCAGCGCACUUUUUAUUCGUCAGACUAUUGCAAACGACAUUUUUCUACCCGGUGUUUAACUUCAAAGUACGCCUAUUUGACUGUUUGUUUUAAACAAUUACUAAAGUGCGCCGCAUCCAAAUGACUAGUUGAAUGUGACGUGAAAGAAUUCUGGCCUACAACUUACAUCUGUGCAACCGGGGAUCCAAUCUUAGCAGGGCAAGCAAGAAUAAAAUGUGCAAAGGGAACCCUUUUCGGGGUUGAAGAUUUUUGUGAAAGUAAAAGUGCGUUCUUGAUGCUGUAAGUACUUGAAGUGUACUUGAACGCUCAAGUAAAGUGACUAGGCUAAGGGAAGUCGUUCUAGGCUUGUUUCCCUUGAGUGCAUAUAUGUAUGUAUAGCCGACCAAUCAACCCAUCAAGGAUUUCGUUCUAACAUGUGCCUUUAACUGCAACUACGAGUGGAGAGAAUUAAGCAAGUGCUACGGCUAGUUGUAUGUAAAAUCCUUCGUAAAAUGCAUUUUGAAAUUUCUUGACCAUUUCGAUAUUAACCAGCAAUCAUCUUCAAAUCAAUACCUGCUUGCAGGCGGCAAUUGCAACUAGCUAACUAAGCGUCCAACAAAAGUGGAUUACCCGUUUUCUCCGUUCAUAUCUUUCGUGUUCAAUAUGCACCAGCGCAGAACAUUCGAGAUAUCAACCGGUCAGUCUUUGAGAAUGGGUUGAACACUGAAGAGCGGUUCUGCGUUACCUCCGACAACAGAAAUCAUAACAUAAACACAACGAGAAAAAAAAAACAAAACGCGUGUUCGCGCGUAAACGAAUUUUUCCAGCGCCUCCUGAGUGUGCGCGCGCAUCGGUGUCAGUGAAUGAAAUUCGCAUGAGCCAUUAAACCGGAACCAACCGGCGCCAGCAAAAAUGCCAGCAGUGAUAUCAAAGUUUGCCAAGAAAUCCUUCGAAAAGCUCGAAGAAUUGGGCUGCUCCAAAGAGUUGAUAUCAACCGGCCUACUAUCGACAGCCCUGUUAGCCUACUGCUUGAAAAUUUCCUAUCCCUACAUCAAGCAGCAGGUGGGCAACUGUGAUGGCCAAUCCGAUGCAAGUGAAGCUAAUGGUAAAUGUGAUAAUGGUUUAAGUCGAAAUGAAAACAACAACCUCACGAAGGCUUCGGCCAAGGCAGAAGAAGAAGAAGACCCGGAAGAAAAAAUCGAGAAAAUUAUUAUCGAGAAGAAACAACGUCGGAAAAAACAGCCUGGACUAAAUCUGGAGUUUGUACUACAGCUGCGGAAACUGAUCCAGAUAAUGAUUCCUCGCGUUUUUUGUGAAGAGACGGGUCUUCUGGCGGUCCAUACAGUGUGCCUAAUUUCUCGGACCUUCCUCAGCAUUUACGUUGCUGCCAUGGAAGGUGCCAUAGUCAAGUACAUCGUUCGCAAGGAUGUCAAGAACUUUGUGCUGAUGCUGCUCAAAUGGUUCGGAAUCGCAAUACCGGCGACGUUCAUCAAUUCGAUGAUCCGUUAUCUCGAAAACAAACUGGCACUGGCUUUCAGAACCCGCCUCGUGAACCAUGCGUACAAAAUGUACUUCUCAAAUCAAACCUAUUACAAGGUAUCGAACCUGGACGGCCGAAUCGAGAACGUGGAUCACCGGCUGACGGAUGACAUCUCAACCUUUUCGAGCUCUAUCGCUCACCUGUACAGCCACCUGACAAAGCCCUGCUUCGAUCUGAUGCUGAUCGGCUUAGCUAUGGCCCGAUCGUCGCGACGCAUGAAAGCCAACAUAGUGAUGGGUCCUGCUUUGGCGACCUGCGUUAUCGGAACGACGGCACACAUUCUGCGUAUCGUGUCUCCCAAAUUUGGCCAGCUCGUAUCGGAAGAAGCAAAUCGGAAUGGCUAUCUCCGACAUGUGCACUCCAAGAUCAUCACCAACGCCGAGGAGAUUGCCUUCUAUGGCGGACAUAAGGUCGAGCACUCUCAGCUGCAAGACGCGUACUCGAGGCUAGUGAAUCAGAUGAACAACAUCUUCACCCAGCGUCUAUGGUUUAUUAUGCUGGAACAGUUCUUCAUGAAGUAUGUUUGGUCCGGAACGGGUAUGGUUAUGGUAUCGCUGCCAAUUUUGACUGUUAAUUCGCUCGGUAACGAUAAAGCAACGAGUGCCAUCAAAUCCGAUUCUGAAAAUGGGGUGAGUGAGAGGACGCAAUACUUCACCACCGCCCGGAAUCUUCUGUUAAGUGGAGCCGAUGCCAUCGAGAGACUUAUGUCGUCGUACAAAGAAAUUGUCGCCUUGGCCGGAUACACCAGUAGGGUGGCCGGCAUGUUUGAAGUAUUUGAUGACGUUUCGGAAGGAAACUACCAAAAGACUAUUGUGACAUCGGAUAGAAAUGUUGGAGGUAUUUUAGAAUUUAAAGACGGACAGCCAGUAGCCAAGGGAAGGAUCGAAUGCGGUGAUAAUGACAUGGAUAUGACCAUCUCGCUGGAAAGUGUUCCGGUUGUGACACCUAACUGUGAUAUUGUGGUUCCCAGCCUAACGCUGACGAUCCAACCGGGAAUGCAUUUGCUGAUCACGGGUCCGAAUGGGUGUGGCAAAUCCAGUCUCUUCCGUAUCCUGAGCGGGUUAUGGCCCAUAUAUGGAGGAACUUUGCGCAUACCGAAGGCACUGUAUCAGGGUAAACCUUGUAUGUUCUACAUUCCCCAGCGGCCUUACAUGUCCUGUGGAAGUCUGCGGGAUCAGAUCAUCUAUCCAGAUACGCGUAAGGAAAUGUUGGCCAAAAACAUCACCGAGAACCAACUGCGGGAAAUAAUGCAAAUGGUGUCGCUGGAGCACAUAAUCGAUAGGGAUAGCUUCGACGAAAUCCGAGACUGGAAGGAUACGCUAUCUGGGGGCGAAAAGCAGAGAAUGGCUAUGGCCAGAUUAUUCUAUCACAAACCUCAAUACGCACUGCUGGAUGAAUGUACUAGCGCCGUCUCAAUAGACGUCGAAAGUUCAAUCUACGAUACAGCGAAAUCGAUGGGUAUUACCCUGUUAACCAUAACUCAUCGACCAACCUUAUGGAAAUUUCACACCCAUAUCCUAGAAUUCGAUGGCCAGGGUGGCUGGGUGUUUGAGCCGAUGGCGAAGGACGCGCAGCAGCAGGUUCCUAAGGCCAAACAGGCGCUAUGCCAAAACCACAAACCCUUCACGGAUGCACCGGAAUCGGAACCUUCUGCCAUUUCUGCGUAGAAUUGCCUUGUUUGGACGGUUUAAAAAAAUUGCCCUAUCCUAUAGUAAAAUUUUGAUUCAUCACUUACGGAGACAAACAACCGAGAUUAUCCCAAAUUUGAAACAAUCUGUGACCGAUCUAGCUAGUAACUGAACUUUUUAAACAAACAAUUAUAGUCUUACUUAUUUUAUAAUCACAAGCGAAAAAAAGUGCAGGUGACUAGUAUGGCAUAAUCUUGUUGUAAAUAUAUAGCUGUUUAAUGAAAGGACGUAUUGGAUUUCUUAGAAACUGUGCAACAUUACAAAAUUUUAAUGUAUUUUUUCCACAAAUAGUGAAACGUUUUCUCAAUUUCAAUGUAUUCUCUCUUUCAUAAAUUUUUAGAUGUAUUCAAUGAGUAAUGUUUUCAAAUUAUGUAGAUAGAAACCGGUGGAUAUGGUCUACAAAAUUCGAUCGUACCCAUUUUAACCUGACUUAUCCGGAUAUAUGUAUGUAUCUGUUAUACACUGGCACUGGUAUGGAGCCGCAAUUACGAUUUUAAAGGAAAAUACAGUACAAUGUUGUCAAUUGA